AUGAAGACGGUCUCCCUGCUCACAGCGUCUGCGCUGUUGGGCUGCGCCUCCGCCGAGGUUCACAAGCUGAAGCUGAACAAGGUCCCUCUCGAAGAACAGCUGUAUACUCACAACAUUGACGCCCAUGUUCGCGCUCUGGGUCAGAAGUACAUGGGUAUCCGUCCCAACAUCCACAAGGAGCUCCUGGAGGAGAACUCGUUCAAUGAUAUGAGCCGCCACGAUGUGUUGGUGGAUAACUUCUUGAAUGCCCAGUACUUCUCUGAGAUCGAGCUUGGUACACCCCCACAGAAGUUCAAGGUCGUCCUCGACACCGGUAGCUCGAACUUGUGGGUUCCAUCUUCUGAGUGUGGCUCCAUCGCUUGCUACUUGCACACCAAGUACGACUCGUCCGCGUCGUCCACUUACAAGAAGAACGGCACCGAGUUCGCCAUCCGAUAUGGAUCUGGCGAGCUCAGCGGAUUUGUCUCCCAGGACAACCUUAAGAUCGGUGAUCUGAAGAUUGAGAAGCAGGACUUUGCCGAGGCUACCAACGAGCCCGGUCUUGCCUUUGCCUUUGGUCGCUUUGAUGGUAUUCUCGGAUUGGGCUACGACACCAUCUCCGUCAACAAGAUCGUUCCUCCUUUCUACAACAUGCUGAACCAGGGACUCCUGGACGAGCCGGUCUUUGCCUUCUACCUGGGCGAUGCCAACAAGGAAGGCGACAGUUCCGUUGCCACCUUCGGUGGUAUUGAUAAGGAUCACUUCACUGGCGAGCUGACCAAGAUCCCUCUUCGCCGCAAGGCUUACUGGGAGGUCGAUCUCGAUGCUAUUGCUCUUGGUGACAACGUCGCUGAGCUCGACAACACUGGUGUCAUUCUGGACACCGGCACUUCUCUCAUUGCUCUGCCCUCCACUCUUGCCGAUCUGCUCAACAAGGAGAUUGGUGCCAAGAAGGGCUUCACCGGCCAGUACUCCGUCGAGUGUGACAAGCGUGAUUCCCUCCCCGACCUUACCUUCACCCUGAGCGGCCACAACUUCACCAUUGGUCCUUAUGACUACACGCUUGAGGUCCAGGGCUCCUGCAUCAGCUCCUUCAUGGGCAUGGACUUCCCCGAGCCGGUUGGUCCCCUUGCCAUUCUCGGAGACGCUUUCCUGCGGAAGUACUACAGCGUCUAUGACCUUGGCAACCACGCCGUUGGUCUGGCCAAGGCCAAGUAA